AUGUAUCUUAAAUUAGGAUAUCGUGAAACAAUAGUCGUUUCAUCACCAGAAUUAGCAAAAACUGUACUACAAAAAUAUGAUCAAACCUUGAGUAGCAGAACUGUCCCCGUGACACUUGAAUCCGUCAAGCAUGGCAAAUUUUCUGUGGCUUUUAUGCCAGUUGAUAAUCAAUGGCGUAAACUUCGCAGAAUAUUGAAAGAACAGAUGUUUUCACUGCAAAGGUUGGAUGCAAGUCAAAGCAUUCGAGAAGAAAAUUUGCACAAACUGUACGAGUAUGUGAAUCAAUGUCGUGUUAAUGGUCAUGCAGUGGAUAUAGCUGAGGCUACAUUUACGACCUCGCUUAACACGAUAUCGUCAACUCUUUUCUCAGUUGAUUUUGCAGACUUCAAUUCUGAUUCCUCUCAUGAGUUUAAGGAUGUUGUGUGGAAUGUAAUGAAAUGUAUUGGGAGUCCUAAUCUUGCAGAUUACUUUCCAGUUCUUAAAUAUGUUGAUCCACAAGGCAUCUCACGCCGAACCAAGUUUUAUUUCGGAAAAUUAUACGCUAUUUUGGAUGGUAUUAUAGAUCAACGGUUGAAAUCCAAAGGUACAUUGGAGAAAAAUGAUUUACUGGAGGCCCUUCUUGAUCUCUACCAAAAGCCUGAGCCAGAAUUAAGCCGAAAUGAAAUAAGGCAUAUGCUAUUGGACUUAUUUCUUGGUAGCACAGAUACGGUUCCUUCUACUGUUGAAUGGGCAAUGGCUGAAUUUCUCCGCAACCCCAAGAAGAUGUCAAAAGCUAAAAGCGAGCUUAGUGAUGUGAUUGGAGAGCAUGGUGUGAUUCAGGAAUCAGAUAUUUCGAAGCUCCCUUACUUACAAGCUGUUGUGAAAGAAAUACACAGACUUCACCCUGUCGCACCUUUGUUAGUACCUCAUAAAGCUGAGGCCGAUGUUGAAAUCAAUGGUUACAUCAUCCCCAAAAACGCUCAAAUACUUGUUAAUACAUGGGCAAGCAGUAGAGAUUCAAACAUUUGGUCGAGUCCAGAUUCGUUUAAGCCAGAAAGAUUUUUAGCUUGCAAAUUUGAUUACAAUGGUCAAGAUUUCAAGUUCAUUCCCUUUGGUUCAGGGAGGAGGAUGUGCCCGGGAUUGGCUUUGGCGCACCGGGUAGUACACGUUAUGUUGGCCACUUUGAUACACAACUUCGACUGGAGACUUGAAGAGGGACUAAAACCAGAAGAAAUUGAUAUGAGCGAGAAAUUCACAACUACUCUACACAAGGCCAUACCUCUCAAGGCUAUUCCAAUCAAAUUUUGA